AAGGAGAGAGAGAGAGAAGGGAAGGGAAGGGAGGAGGGAAGAAGGCUGUGCGCUCUUCUCCCGGCAGAGUGCGUCCCGCUCACGCACACUCAACGGGACUCGCUCUGCUUUCAGGCAUUAAGCUAGAUUGUCUUCCCCGCUCCUCCUGCUGGAUAUCGCGGAUGAACAGUUUAACGAACGCAGGCAAACUCUUCCCACCCGACAACAUUCAGGCUCCAGCGCACAACCCGCUCUGUUUUAAAUACUCUGCUUUUGCUUUGGUCACCUUUUUCCCCCACCCGGUCCUUCUUGGAUUACGGAGCACCGAGAUCACACUGGGCGCGUAAACUAUGGAAAUCAUCCAAUUGUGGAUAAAGUUGUUGGUGUUUUACUGUUGCUGUUUUGGAGUAAGUGCAGACUUCGAUGGCAGGUGGCCGCGGCAGAUGGCAUCAUCCAAUGGCCUGUGCCGAUACGGGGGCAGGGUGGACUGCUGCUGGGGAUGGACGCGCCGCUCCUGGGGUCACUGCCAGCCUCUCUUCGCCUUAACUCACAGAGUAGUCGGGAUAAGGUGCCAGCCCCAAGCUGUGUGUCAGCCUAGCUGUAAGCAUGGGGAGUGUGUGGGACCCAACAAGUGCAAGUGCCAUCCAGGCUUCACCGGCAAGACCUGCAAUCAAGAAGAGACGCCGGACCAUUUAAUACCCCUGGUGUGGGAUGGCCACCUUCCUGUCUUUCUUCCCGUGGACCAUCAGCCAGUGGGAGUAGUGACGGAGGACCUGAAUGAGUGUGGGCUGAAGCCGAGGCCCUGCAAGCACAGGUGCAUGAACACGUACGGGAGCUACAAGUGCUACUGCCUAAAUGGCUACAUGCUGAUGCCUGAUGGGACCUGUGGAAACGCUCGGAGUUGCGCCAUGGCCAACUGCCAGUACGGCUGCGAGGUGCUGAAAGGAGAGGUCCGAUGUCAGUGCCCGUCACCGGGCUUGCAGCUGGCCCCAGAUGGAAGGACCUGUGUGGAUGUGGAUGAAUGUGCAGCAGGGAUAGCAGUGUGUCCCAGGUUCAGGAAAUGUAUAAACACCUUUGGAAGCUACAUCUGCAAAUGCCACGAAGGGUUUGACCUACAAUACAUCAAUGGGAAAUACCAGUGCAUAGACGUGGAUGAGUGCUCUUUAGGCCUGAGCCACUGCAGCAGCUUCGCCACCUGCUACAACACGCCAGGCUCAUACAAGUGCAAAUGCAGAGACGGCUACAGGGGGAUGGGGCACGACUGUAUACCCAUUCCAAAGGUGGUUAUUGACCCCCCGAGACCAGGCAAACUGCCUCCAAAUCAUCACAACAACAUCCCAGACUUGGAUCACCAAAGGAUUACCACAGUCCGCCCACUAAUGACUCCAAAGAAAACCUUCCCCGUCGUUCCAAAAUCACCAGUCACCACUACAACCGAAGCCCCAGCGGCCCCCAGGCCGAUCACCCCACUUCCACGCAAACCAGCAGUUCCCACUCGAAAGCCCUUCAUCCCUACUCGAAAGCCGUCAAUACCCACACGCAAACCCUACGUCCCUCCAAGGGUUGUGGUUCCCACAGGAAAACCGCCACUCGUAACCCCUCUACCAGACAACACCAUUCAGAGGGAAGUGACCAAACAAAGAGGAGAUGUGCACAUCCCUAGGAAUAAUGGUCACAACACUGUUCUGGACACAGACUUUGACAUUGAGCUCGGCAAUACAGCAGAUGAAGCCAAGGAUGACCCAGACUCAGGGUAUUUGAGCUGCUCCUUUGAUGACGGUCUUUGCGGUUGGAUCAGCGACAAAGACGGAGACCUGCACUGGGAGACGACGCCUGAUCCAACAGGUGGAUGGUAUCUCACGAUCCCAGAAACGGGAAACAAGAGGACGGGACGAGGGGCCCGGCUAGUACUUCCUCUCACCCCGCCAUGGAAUGACGGAAAUUUGUGCCUGUCAUUCCGGCACAAGCUGGCAGGCCACCAUGUGGGAAUGCUUCAAGUGUUUGUGAAAAAGGGAAAGCAGUACAGUCCUGCAGUGUGGGGCCGAACGGGGGGCAAUGGCUGGAGGCACACCCAGAUCACUUUAUGGGGUACAGGCCUGGAAAGUGUUAUCUUGAAGGGGGAACGUGGGAGAGGCAGAAGUGGGGAGAUGGCUGUGGAUGAUAUUACCUUGAGGAAAGGCUCCUGCACAGAGGAGCACAAUCUAAGGAGACUCUGACUGAAAGAACAGUGAAGGGCAGACAAAAAGGACAACGAGAGGAAAAACCAUCCUAAAGAGAAGAGACUCUGCUGUGACGACACCUCCUUAUUCUGCUCUGAUCCUUACUUUGUCCUUCUCAUCCCCCAGCCCUAUUGUGAGUGGUAUCAAAAAUGAUGCACACAGUUUAGUGUUAAAGGAGGUUUUUCCCUAUUCAUCUCUCCGUGAACAAGAAGAACUUAGUCAAAUCUCGAGGGGGAUAUUUUUGGCAGCACUCUCCGGUCGUCUCACCCCACAAUUUCAGUUCUCUGAACUGUGCAUGUGCUGAUGUAUUAUGGAAAUGUACUGCAUCUCAUAUUGGCUCUGGCAGCCUCCAGCCACACCAGGAAGAUUCAUUUGUUUUUCUAAAGAGAAAUCUGUUCCUUUGCUUUGCAUUUUUGUUUUGUCCAAAUAUUGUGAACACAGUCAAUGUGUUUUAAUUCACUUGCUUGUGAAACACACAACCGGAAAUGCAGUUACUGUUUUUGAUAGAGGACAAUAUUAGACUUGGUGCUGGUUUGUUUUUAGAAGAAGUUCAAUUUGCCAAAAUUAGAUUUUAAAAUUGGAUUUUUCUAAAUGGAUGUAGUUCCAGAGUUAACAGGUCACAGUGCCAAACUUCAAUACAAUAAAGCUGUACAUUUCCGCCAAAAUAUUUUCAGAAUUUCUUAGAUUAAUUUACAUAUUUACUUGGAUAAAGACUUUGAAAUUUCUUCACUUUGCAACAGAAAUUACAUUCUGUGAUUAACGUUCAAAUUUAAACAUUAAAACUAAAGUCAGAAAUAUGUUAGAUUUUUUUUAUUCAUUUUUUUUAUCAGAAAUAUUUCUGAAGUUUUCUGAGAUUAUAAAGUCAAGAGCUGCACAUCUGGACAAUUUAAGCGGUAGAUCUGGGCUCUUUUCCUGCAUCAGGAUGACAUCUCCCAGAUUCAGACCUGAUGAAGCCAUUUUGCCGCUUUUUCCCCCUCAUUGUCUGAGAUGUGCAUUUUGAAUCAUAUUUGAAGUGUUUAUGUCAGGUCUACACUCAGGAGAUAUCUUUCUGAAAGAGGAAAGGAGCCCAGAUCUACCCACACUGUGCAUCUCCUAAAUUUACCACUUAAGCCUUAGAUGACUUCCGUCACUUUUUGUUACAGAAGUCUGACUUUAUAAUGUCAGUAAAGUUCUCUGUCUUCUGUUGCUUUCAAAUUUUUGGCUUUAUAAUAUCAGAAAAUAUCUUUGCUUUGUUGUUGGAAAUUUGUGCCCAUUUUAUGAAGAAGUGUUCCCUUUGUUUUGCAAUUUAAAACGUAAAGUUUUUUUCUUGUAAAUUUGUGAAAUUGAUCUUAAGAUUUCAGAUUUUGGUGAAAAUGUACUUAUCUGCGGACAAUUAUUAUUUUUCUUUUAUCUACAGUACUACAUUAUAUUUAAAUGCAUAACUGAGGUGUCAAAUAUUUAUAUAAGUGAUCAGUUAUAGAAAUGAGAUUAACAUAUUAAUUAUAGUGUAAUUAAUGCAAAUAAAUAUAUGCAUAUUUAAGGAUAUUUAACAAUAUUUUUUCAAUACAUUAAAUGUGGAAAUAAUUCAAAUUUUUACUCAACUUAUGUUAAAAAGGAUAGAAAUGUUUUGCCAUUUAUGUAUUUGUUUUAAAGGUGUGUUUUGCAACACAUGAUGAAUUGACUAUAAUUCAUUAAAGUCAGAGAGCAGAGCUAACGCUGCUGUACAAACAGGGAUUAAUAUACAGUUUGGUUGUGUAAUUUUACCUAUUACGUGUGAUAAUGGGCAGCAGCACAAUAAAUAUUAAAUAAUGAAUCGAUAAUGGAGUAUGAAACAGGACAUGAUUUUCACACAUAAAUUAAAGUGUUAAUUAUCUCUACAUUUAAUUAUAAUGUAUAUUAUUUAAAUGAUAAUAGAAUUUUUUUUCUUUCAUGUAUUUAUUGCAGUUUCCUAAAAACUGUCACAUACAAUUGUAUUUCACAAAUUAUUUAUUGAUGAGAAGCCCUUCUGGUCCUUUAUCAAUUGGAAACAGGUAAGUUAAAGGGACAGUUCAGUUUUUAUUAAAUAUUUUCCACCUAAAAAUAUUUUUUUGUAGUUUAGGUGAUUAAUUUGUUGCAGACACUUUGCAUUGCUUUUGGAUCACUUGUGUGAUGUUUUAAAAGAGUCGUGCUCUGGCACUAGGUGUAGAGAGUCUUCAGUGUAAAAAAAAAAAACUGACUGAUGCAAAAGCAGCAACAAUGAACAAAGAAUCACUGAUAAAAAAAUCCAAUCCAAUAGAUCCACCUUUAUUUGAGUUCAUUGAGUUCUGAGUUGCUCUCUGACUCCAAUAAGUUAUCCAAACUGAGAUCUCUGUGUUGUUUUCUGCAAGUGAGAUACUGACUGUCCACAAGUGCUCAUAUGGACCAAUCCCCAUUUAAACUAAUCACUAAAAAACACCCAACUAUUAUGAAAUGUUUUUGAGAAUACUGUUUUAUAUGUUGCUUCAAGGUUACAAAACAUCUACAGCACCUACUGACAUGCAAAGUGCAGUCAGGUGAGUUUUCAGUUCUCAUUGUUUUCUUGGAGAAAUACAUGAUUUCAUGGUUGCUGUGAACAUUAAACAUACCAUUGUAAUACCUGGAAUGCACUGCACUGUACUGUAAAAUGUUUUGUCUGCAAUUAGAAAUAGUUUUACAAUUUAGUGAUUUUGAAAGCAGACCUUAUGGUUCUUCUUCUACAGUUUGCCCCCGGAAAAUCUUGCUCUACCACCUCAGCCUCUUCUUUCACCAUUGAAUAAACAUGGAAAAUCUCACUCACCUGUAUGCCCUGUAAAAACAAGCUCAGUAUUCUAAAAAAAAAAAAAAAAAAAAAGCUUGUGAAUAUUCCUGGUUUUUGACAUAACUUGUUAUGGUAGAUACUUCUGCAUAUCUUGGAAGAACACCAGGUUUCCUCUUUUAGUUUUUUUUUUUCCUUUUUGCAAAAUGAUUCCGUUUUUCAGUACCAUCCCCAUCCCUUCUUUUGUCUGGCGCCCCCUGCAGACCACCUACCUGAAGUGUUUAAAAAAAAGAAAAAGAAGAGAAAGGAUUUUGGGCACUCACAGUUGAACGUUUUCUUUGUAUUGUGCUUUGUUAUAUGAAAUGUAUUUGUUACCGACAUUGACUGAUGAGCAGAAUGGUAUAUUUGUAAAUGUAUUCAUGUGUACAUACUCUGUACAAUGCCAUAUGCUGGUGUGAUUUAUAUGUUAUGUAAAUUCAUAUAUGAAUGUUGAUUGGACUUGGUUGGUAUUUCAGUAUUUAAUUAAAGACCCGGUGGAAGCCUUA